GGUCGGAGUCCCAGGCAUGGUGUUCGGGUGCGACUUAGGAUUGUCAGGACACCAGGAACGGUGUUUUUGCAUCCGUGGCCAUUUCGGCUCAAGCCGUUUAGUUUUACGGCCAUUUGACCAUCGAGAGGUAGCUUUUACUGUCCCAGCGACGCGUCCUGGCCAGCCUGGAAGGAAUGGGCGCUUCCGACAAGUCCAACUUCACCAAGGCGGUGGCGGACCGACUCGCGGCGGGCGACACACGGUCCGCCGAGGCCAUGCUCGACUCGCUCUCGCAGCAGGGGACGAAGUGCUCAACCAACAAGGUGUUCUACCACUCUCUCAUCAGUAGCUGUGCCCGUGCGGGCAGCCCGGACGGCGCGUGCUGGGUGUUCAAGCGCAUGUCGCAGGCGGGUCUGCAGCCCAACGCCGUCACCUUCAACUCCGUCAUCGACGCGUGUGCCAAGGCGGCGGACCCUGGGCGGGCCGCAGUCUGGUUCGACCAGAUGCUGCAGGACGGCGUGCAGCCGAACUCUAUCACGUAUAACACAAUCAUCAAUGCGUGCGCACGAGGCCGCGACAUCGCCGGCGCGGAGGCGUGGUUCAAGAGGAUGGCCGACGAUGGCGUCGAGCCCGGCAUCAUGUCCUUCAGCACCAUCAUCGACGCGUAUGCGAAAGCAGGCGAGAUGUGCAGGGCGGAGGCGUGGUUUGAGGAGAUGCUGAAGUACGGCGUGCGUCCAGACGCAGUGACAUUCAACGCUCUCAUCAACGCUUGCGCGAAAGUGCCAGAUGCAAACAGCGCAGAGUAUUGGCUCAAUCAGAUGCGCGAGGCGAACCUGAGUCCCGACGAGAAGACCUACAACAUCAUCAUUAACGCGUGUGCCAAGCAAGGCCUCGUGGAGCGGGCCGAGUACUGGUUUGUCCAGAUGCAGAAGGCUGGCUGCAAAGUUGAUACUUUCGGCUACGCAGCUGUCAUCCACGCCAGCGCCAAGGUCGGUGACCUGGCUAGGGCUGUGCAGCUGUUCGAUGAAAUGGAGUGGUACGGCCUUGUUCCAAAUCUCGUGUGCUUCAACACGAUGCUGAACGCGUGCGUGCACAAGGGCGACUCGAAGGCAGCCGAGGCGUGGUUCCAAAAGCUGGAAUCCCGCGUGAUCCAGCCGAACAGCAUCACGUUCAACAGCAUGAUCAGCGUCUCCUCGAAGACCGGGGACCUGAUGCGAGUGAGGCACUGGUUGUGGAGGAUGCUCGGCGCCGGGAGCCAUCCAGACAGCCAGACCUUCUGCGCCCUCACCCGCGCUUUCGAUGCGCCCGACCGGACCACCGCCGACAGCCAGGUCCUGGCCUGCGACGCGAUCAUCGAGGCGUACGGCAAGGCGUACGGCAAGGCGUCCGCGGCCUCCGCCGGCGCCCGGAGCUGGAUCGACCGGCGCGCCAAGGCGAGCCAGAGCCGCCCAGCCUCCGCUGCGCAGGCCCGCAGCCAGAGCCUGCUGCUUGGCCUCUGCACCCGCUCGCCCAGUGCCGCGGGCCUGCCGAGCCCCGCGCCCGCGCGGGCCUGCCCCGAGGGGCCCGCGCGGCCCGCUCUCGCGCCGCCGCCGGGCCACUUCGGGCCGCUGGCGCAGGCGCCCCGCGCGGCGCCGCUGGGCCGCGCCGGGGCCCCGCCGAGCCCGCCGCAGCACUCGGCCCAGGCCUCGCUGAAGGAGAUCCUCGCCCGGAUGAAGGCGGCCCCGCCCGCUCCCGGCCUCCCGCCCCCGCCGGGCCCGUCGCCGCCGUCCACCGCGCCGUCCACGCCGCGCACGCGAGGUGAGGCCAGCGCCUGCUCGCACCCCAGCUCGGCGGCGUGGUGCGACCGCACGCCCGCCGCCGAUCAGUGGGAGGACGUCCUCUCGAGGACCCACCAUC